AUGUCCUCGCCGUCUACGCCGCGGUCGACGCGCUCCGCGUCCCCAGCCGGCAACUCGCCCAACAUUCUAACACCCGGGCAGAAGAUCAAAGCCAUGAUGGCAGAGUUCGACAGUGACUCGGAAACUGAGACCCAUCUCACCAAGACAUCACGCCCCAUUUCGAAGCUGGACUUCACAAUUAACAAUACAUCGACUACCGAGACGCGUCAACGAAUUCAUCUUGCCGACUCAGAAGAUGACUCGGAAGACGCAGAUGAUAUUGUCAGACCCAAGGGCCGCAUGGCGGCUCGCAUGCAAGGAAACGCCAAUGCUUCUGAAAGAGACACGGCUUUCUCUCACUUGUCCAACGUUCUGCGGAAGGAACAAGAGCAAGCAAAGAAAAGCCCCACAUACGAGGAUUCCAGCGAAGAUGAUCUCCCCGCUGCAGCGCCUAAGAGAAAGAGCAAGAGCAAAGCUCAACAAUCAUCAGUUCCAAGCGAUCAGUCUCGCCGUUCACCCUCUCGUGCUCGCACCGUCUCUCCCUUGUUCGUCUCUUCCCCAGCAGCGCCACACAAUGAACCCGCCAGCGAUCAAGAUUCAGACGAAGAGAUGGACAGAAACCCGAAAUCCAACGCCAGGUUCCUUGCUCUCGUCGCCCAAAAACGCAAGGAGCGCGAAGAACGUGAAAAGAUCGAGGCAGAGCAAAAGGCCACCAAGCGUGCCCAGAUGGAACAAUUUAGCUCUGAGAUGCUUUCUGGGGAGGAUAGCGAAACUGAUGAUCCAAGCUCUGCGAAGAAGCUGAGCCAAAUUGCCCGUCAACCACGGAAAGCCAGCAAAAAAGCAUUAGAGGAAAUGAGCCGAGAGACCCAGCGGAUGAGCCGAAAUAUGCAAUUGGCGCAUCAGGCACAAACAAUUAAGAAAAUCACCAAGGAAAGCUUGUUUGCUCGAUUCAACUUUAUGCAACCCGAUGUCCCAACUGUCGAGGCUCCUACCGCGAAUUCAUCAUCAACGGCUGGCUCGCAACAAUCAUCUGACGGCGAGGUCACUCAAAAGAAGAACGAUACACCUCACACUUCCCCAAUCCUUGGACCUUCCGAUUCAGACAAGCCGAUUGCCGACGUCUCUGUACAAAAUCAAUCAGAGAUCGGUGGGGACGAUACGUCUGCGGAGACCGCUACAUCUACUCUAGCUGACCGCUUCAUCAAAGCUAAUGAUGCGCCUAAGGAACUCAAAGAACCAUUUGUUGCCGUUACUGUCGACUCUUCAGAGCUCAAAUCAAACGCCACCAAGCCCAAGAGCGAGUCACGCAAGAUGACUCAACCAUCGGUUCGUGUUCUAAUGUCUAGACACGAUGUCGCCCAGCACAACAAGGAUGAUUCCGAUAGCGAUGAUCUCGAGGUGGUCACGUCGCCUGCCAAGGCUCGUCGUAUUGCUGCUUUCGAGAAUCUGCCUUCUAGGCAGAUGCAAGAAUCAUCUUCGAUGACAAGACUGAAGGCUUUAGCACACUUGACAUCGCCAACCCGCAAGACUACUUCUAUGACUUCCGCAGAACUCUCCGUCAGUCUGCUCUAUAGAGCCCGACAGCAAGCUGCCAAAGAGAGGCGUGAGCGUAUGGAUGAGCUUAGGGCAAAGGGCGUUGUCAUUGAGACUGCCGAAGAACGUGCUGCCAUGGAAGAUAACCUCGAGAACCUGGUGGAGAAGGCUCGUCAGGAGGGCGAUGAAAUUGCGCGCCAAGAGCGAGCGGCCAGGAAGAAGGCGCAAGGUCUCGAUGAAGAUGAUGAGGAUGAUGACGACUUUGUAUUCUCCGGUUCUGACGACAAUGGAUCUGGCGAAGACGACGAUGACGAUGAUGGACAGUGUGUCAGUGAAAAACUAAAAUUCCUUGACCAGGGUGCCAAUGAAGACGACGAUUCCGCGGACGAGCAGAGCGAAAUGGCGCCAUCUGAUGUUGAAGAGGAGGUCUCAGAGUCUCGGCGCAAGCGUCGGACUCGCGUGGUCAGCGACGACGAAGAUGAUGAGGAACCACAAGUACCAUCAACCCCGGUCAGACCACCAUCCGAUGCGCCUCAAUCUGCCGAGCGACCUCAGUUCCCUGGCAUGCAGUCUCCUAGUAUGUCUAUGGGAUUGACCCAAGCAUUUGCUGGCACUCUGGCAGAUGACGAUGGCGCCAGCCAAACAAGGUCAGAGGCUGCUGUUUUCUCUCUUCCCGACCCAGGCCGCCCUAUUCCCAGGCUCCAGGCCGAAGACUCCGAAAUUCUCGUUCGAGACAGCCAGGAACAGUCCAAUGAUCAUGACUUCAUGUCCAACUACAAUCCAAGCAUCGCCAGAGUGUCCGAAUCCCCUGCCAACCACCGCUUCUCGCAGUAUUCCCAGCUUCCAGAUCCGACCCAAGACGAAGGCUUUGUGUUCUCGCCAUUCGACCCUGCCAAGCGUUUCCGAGAAACGCCACCAGUGUCGACUGUAGAUACCGUCCUUAUAGGACAGAGCCAAUCGCCAGUCGCUGAAAGAAAACGCAAGCAGCUCCGAAGGGGCCGUGCAGCCGAUAUGUCUGUUGUUGAGGAAGAGGACAAUGAAGGCGACUUUGAGAUUAACGCCAAUGCCUUCAAUGUCAUGAAGAAAGCCACUAAGAAAUCGACUGUUGCCUUUGAUAAGAAGAACAGCAAAGCCAAGGGAAUUGUUGAUGAGGCUGCGGAGGAAUCUGAAGAUGAAUACGCCGGUAUUGGAGGAGCCAGUGAUGACAGUGACGGGGAAGAAGAUGCCUACGAUCACCAAAUGAUCAAUGACCAGAGUGGCGAGGUUGUUGAUGAAAAACAACUUGCCGCAUUGAACGCUGAGCACCAACGAAACCGGGACGAGAAGGAUGUCAACAAGUUGAUGAGAGAUAUCACGACGGGCGCUCUGCGACGUCGCCGCAAUGCCGAUGAUGACCUUGAUCUUGACGACUCGGACGACGAACGACUAGCACGUCGACGCGAGAAGCAACGCGAGUUUGCCAAGAUGCGCCGUGCUCUUCUUGCGGAUGAGAAGAUCGGUGCACUCGCCGAGAACCCAAAGAAGGCUGCAUUCUUCAAGGCCAUUGAAGAUCGUGAAAUGGAGGAUGAUUUCGAGUUGGACUUCCUGGAAGAGAAGGAGGGUGGUUCUCAAGUCGAAUCACAAGAUAUUGCAUCCCAGGAACAAGUCGAAACUGCACAUGACGGCAAGAAGCGCAAGAGACCUCUCGAGCCAACUGCCGAAGAUGCUACCAACCGACCUCCGCCCAACCUUCGCCGCACUCCUGCCAGUGCGAUGUCCAAGAAGCCCGCCACUCUGGCCGAGAUCCGCGAGACCCUGUCCUUCCUGACAGAGACCCCCGAAUACGACUCAUUCCACGAGGACGCCUCUAUUGAUGACGAAGGCGUCGAGGAAGAAGGCGGUUCAAACAUAUCCGGCACAGAAGAGGCUUUCUCAGAUGACGGAGGCUCCCAACCCAAGGAUGGCUUCGCCGUCCCCACGCACCCACGCCGCACUCGCGGCCCAGUCGUCGACCGCCUUGCCCUCCUCCGCCAAGCAUCAUCCAACUCCGCUACGACAUCAGGAUCCUCAAACACCAAACAGGCUUUCCACAGUGGCAACUCGGACGGCCCCAUCGGAUUCCGUCCGCCACAGCUCCUCCGUCGCGUCACUGGAGGCUCAACUUCAUCCAACUCCAGCUCUUCUUCUACAAGCCGCGUCUCCAAGCCUAGUGCCUCUGGUCCGAAAAAGGGCGGUGCUGUUAACUCUUACACUGCUGCGCGUGAACAAGAGCGCGAAAAACAGCUGCGUAUGAAGCAGCGGAGUGGUGGUACUAAUAUUACGAAGCUGUUGAAUAAGCAUGCAGGUGGUAGUCUUGGUGCACUGGCUGGAAAGGGACAAUGGGAUUGA